CCAACUGAAGUCCACCUGAGAAUCUCAUUGAGGAUCUCAAAACACUUUCCAAUUUUUCCUACUGAUCACAAGGAGGCAUGGAUCUUCUCUUGAAUGACCAAACGGAUGAACCUUUGCACCUCGAUGUAUGUUUAGACGAGCUUUCGCCUCAAGCUGGGGUCAUAGAGCUGCUCAAAACCCUGAGACCACAGUGGAGAGCUGAGGAUAUCAAACUAAAGGUGUUUACAGAGGGCAUUACUAAUCAGCUGCUGGGCUGUUCAGUGAGCUCAGACUCAUCUGUGGUGUUGGUGCGAGUGUACGGACGAAUGACUGAGCUUUUUGUUGAUCGUAAAAAAGAGAUGGAGACCCUGAAGCUGUUGCACUCUUAUAGCUGUGGGCCAAAACUUUACUGCAGCUUCCACAACGGCAUCUGCUAUGAGUUCCUGAAGGGCACAGCUUUGGAUGACAUUCUGCUCCGACAGCCUUCUGUCUACAGACUGGUUGCAUUAGAAAUGGGAAAAGUCCACUCGAUAAAGCCGAAGUCUAACUCGUCUGUGGAACCUGUGCUGUGGUCAAAGUUGGAGAAUUACUUCAAAUUAUUACAGAAAUGUGAAAAAGAUGAUUUGCUACAACACGAUUCACAGUUGAACAUUCCCAGCCUGGAUGUGUUAAUCACUGAGAUGGAGGAGCUGAAGAGUCAUUUAAACAGGGUGGAAUCUCCAACAGUGCUGUGCCACAAUGACCUGCUGACCAAAAACAUCAUCUACAACUCAGAUGAAGGUGAGGUUAAAUUCAUCGACUAUGAAUAUGCUGACUUUAAUUACCAGGCGUAUGACAUCGGAAACCACUUUAAUGAGUUUGCAGGUGUAAAUAAUGUGGAUUACAGUCUUUACCCCACCCGCGAUCUGCAGUACGACUGGCUAACAGUUUACCUGCAGAGUGUUCAAAUCAACAACCGAGUCGACUCCCAAAUCACUCAGAGAGAAGUGAACACUCUUUAUGUUCAAGUCUGCAAAUUCUCACUGGCAUCUCACCUGUCAUGGGGUCUGUGGGCUCUUUUACAGGCCAAAUACUCCACAAUCAACUUUGAUUUCUUAAAAUACGCUGCUGCUCGGUUCAGCUACUACUUUAAGAAAAAGGAGGAGUAUUUAGGAAUGCCACUUCCUUAAUAACUGAAUUUUUAUCAUUUCUUCUGAGUCAAAAUAAAUGACAGAAAUAAAUUAAAUAAAAUGGCAAAGUAACAAUUUUACAUUCAUUAUUGAUUUUACACACUGUGUAUUUACUAAGCAGUAGAUUGUUUUUGCCCCUUU